CAUCACGCGUUGUUUCAGUCACAUUAAUAUCUUCUCUUUCUGACGGUCUCCUAUUUAGUUGCUUCCCACCUACUACCAAUCACACUUUGCUAACUAGCUUCACUUCCUCUCCUCCAUGGCUACCUUCGCCGCCCUCUUCCUCAUCCUCUAUACUCUCUCCGUCGCCACAACCGUAGAACCUUCCCCCUCUCCAGAUCUAGUCCGUUCCUCAUGCCUACACGCCACCUUCCCGAAGGUCUGUGUCACCAGCCUCACCUUAUACAAAGGCCCCGUCACUACCCCACGGGAGCUAGCACAGGCCGCCAUCAAAGUCAGCCUCUCUCGAGCCUCCAAGGCGUCCGACUUUCUUUCCGGCCUGCAGAAGGAGGCGAACAAAAGGGAGAUAGGGGCGGUGAAGGACUGCGCUUCCCAGAUAUCGGAUUCCGUCGACGAUCUCAGAAAGACGCUCGGUGAACUGAAGCAGCUGAGAAGAGGGACAUUCAGGUGGCAGAUGAGCAAUGCCGAGACAUGGGUGAGUGCAGCAUUGACAAACGAAGAUACAUGUCUUGAUGGGUUCAAGGAGAUCGAAGGGAGGGUCAGAUCCGACGUCAAAAAGAAGAUAACAAAUGUGGCAAAAGUCACCAGUAAUGCUCUGUAUCUCAUCAAUCGCCUCGAUCACCCCUGACCUCACCUCAUUUUAAAUCUGUAGUAUCAUUGAUCAUUUCGCUAAUAAUUUAUCAAAUCAAUGAAUGAAUAUGUGUGUGUAAGUUAAUUAUAUAUGUAAUUAGUGUAAGUUUAUUAUGUAAUUAAUCUUUGUAUUUCAUGUAGAUUAGAUGGUUUAGAAUAAGAUGAUGGAUAAUCGAUAAAGUUCAAUAA